UGGAAAUGGCUGUAGGCUCUUUGGAUUUCAGCUACUUGAGAAUUCUAAUGCAGAAGAAAGUUUGCCAACAGUCACUUUGUCAGGAAGGUUGGGUGAUGACCAGUCCAUUCCAUCUUUGGAUGCUGAGUCUGACCAGCAUUCUGAACCAUCAAAUGUUAAUCGAUCUGAUAUCCCUUCAGUAAGUUGUGACGCUGAAAAAUCAUGCCUGCGGUCUCCCCAGGAGUCACAAGCAGGCAAAUACGAAGCUGCACCAAGGUUCACAUGCAAGGUAUGGCUGUUGGAAGGGCUGUGGACUUAACACAGUUUGAUGGAUAUGAGGACCUGCUUAGGAAAUUGGAAGAGAUGUUUGACAUCAAGGGUGAGCUCUGUGGUUCAGCAAAAAAAUGGCAGGUUGUCUACACCGACAAUGAAGAUGAUAUGAUGAUGGUUGGAGAUGAUCCGUGGCUUGAAUUUUGUAGCGUUGUGAGGAAAAUUUUCAUCUACACAGCAGAGGAGGUGAAGAAGCUUUCACCUAAAAUAGGACUUCCCAUGAAUGAUGAAGGUAAACCAAGCAAACUGGAUUCAGAAGCCGUAGUCAAUCCUGAGGACCAGUCGUCUGUUGUGGGGCCUAGUUGCUAAUACUCCCAGGUCUUCCAACAUUCUAGUUGAUAUAUACAAUAAAUAUUGAAUGCAUGAAAGUAGGAAGUAGAACGUCAAAACAUGAACCAGGCAAGCACUUCAUCAUGGUAUAUAGGCAUGUCACUUUUUAUUUUGUAUCUAUGCUGGAGCACCACGAAAGCACUUUCACCUAAAAAGUGCUGCUGAUCUACCUUGAAAGAUAGAUAGGCUUCUGCUAUUGUGGCUUCUCUAUAGCGCCUUUCUUUCGGUUGGGGUCCGGUCCCGGGGCUUAGACCGCGUCGGGUUCUAUUUUUCUCGAAGGCAGUCAACGUGUCAGCCAUUCCUCCCCCUUUCUUCUCCAGCACUGUUCUCGCUAAGAGUCUCAAGGCCCCUGCUUGUUCAGUUUUGAAUGGGCUGCGAUCAUGUAGGAAAUAUCUUUGGUCAAGUAUGUUAAAAUGUUUUUUUUUUGUUCUUAUAUAAUUCACUUGAUGUGAUGUAUCUCAUUUCUGUAUAUAAGUUUCUAUAAUCUUUGAACACUGUUUAAUGUAUGUAUAUCAAGUCAAUGUUUUUUCAUCAGCA